CUGUUUUCUUUCAAAACUGAAUCCGAACGCAACAUUUACUUUAUUUCCACUGUUCAGCCUGUACCACUUCUCCGCGCAAAUCGUUAUGGCUCCGUAACACUUAGUCAAGAACAAUGCGCAUGUUUACUUGCUCAUGCAUUUUUCUGUACAUAUCUACCGUUCGGUCGUUACAUACUUUUCAGUAUUUUUGAUGACCAGAACCCCAUGUGCUAUGUCAAACUGCGUUUUAUUCUCCAUUAUUUUUCGAUUAUACUAAAGAAGAUGCCAACUGGAUGUGUUUCAUUCCGGCGUGAAGCGCUUCCACCAGAUGAUACCUCAAUUGAGGAUGCAUACGGAUGUCUUCAAGUUGAUUUUGCUAACGAAUAUAUUGGAGGAGGUGUGCUGACUUGGGGAGCUGUCCAAGAAGAGAUUAGAUUCCUAAUUUGUCCCGAGAUGAUCGUUUCAUGUCUGUUAUGUGAGAAAAUGGGUCCUCUCGAAGUGGUUCAUAUCGUUGGGGCUCAACGCUAUAGUAGCUACGUUGGGUACGGUAAGUCAUAUAGUCAACGUUUUGUGCUCAUUUUAUUCGUUAUCACCUUCCUCAUUGAACACUUCUUUGUCGAUUUUGCUCACAUUUUCAUUCUAGGUUUCCUCAGUCUUGCCUCUUUUUAG